AUGAUUCUUAUCAAGAUCGAUACUCACAUGCCCAAUGUCGAAGCAGUCAGGCGAUGUGAUGGUUGUUCUGGACGCAAGAGUUCUCUUGAACAACAGAGUUGCCAACAGUUGCAGGCCGAAAAUGGCUACCUUCGACAUAAUGGGUCCUACCAUUUAUGCGGUAUGGUCCAGUCACCUGUUCCUAGGAUCCCACCAAGAGAUGAGAAGGUUAGCGUGAUUUUACCGGGGUUGAAACCCACUUAUGGUAUCAUCAAUGGCGUUACACCAUUCGACUUCGAAGGCCGUCAUCGUUCAGAAAAGGCUACGUUACUGAUCGCAGGGGUUGGUGUGGAUACUCCAGGAUUGUCGGUCUAG